AUGUCGCCCGUGCUGGUGUCCUUGGGGGACAGUUCACUGGAGGUUGGGGCAAGGCUCCGCUUGCCACGCUGGGCGGGGAAGGGGCACGAAUUCGAUCGCAUGCCGGAUUCGAAAUCGGUCGAGCUAAAACUCAAAUCAGGCGACAGUUGUGAGACACAGAUUGUCGCACACUCCAUCUGUGAGUGGGACCCAGGAAUUGCAAUGCAUCAGGUCGCCCAGGUCGUCCGCCGCCGCGGCUGGGGCUUCCUCCCCACCCGCGUGCUCGACCGGAUCAAGGAAAAGCUCGAGCAGGAGGAGGACGCCAUCCCGCCCAUGCUGCCGGCCAUGCGGGCCGUCAACCACCACUGGUGCGCCUGGGCCUCCGCCGCCACGCGCCUCCUGGUCCCGUCCGGGGGCACGUCCUUCCCCACAAUGGCGGCCACCAUCCGGGACAAGCUGCCCAACGUGCUGGGCGUGCGCCUGUGGCGCUACCACACCGUCACCGACGACGAGCUGCAGGCCCUGAGCGUGCUGCCCCGGCUGACGCACCUGGACCUGAGGGGAUGCGGCCGGAUCACCGAUUCCGGGCUGGGCUGCCUGACGGGCCUCAGGGAACUGGCCAAACUGGACCUGGGAGAGUGCGACCAGAUCACGGACGCGGGCCUGCGCCACGUAGGGGUUCUCCCCCUCCUCUCCGACCUGACGGUGUCCUACCUGGGGCGGUUGACAGACGGCGGGAUGCGCUGGCUGGGGCGCCUGCAGUCCGUCACAUCCCUGGACCUGAGCUACUGCGACGGGAUCCGUGGGCACGGCUUCAGCCACCUGGCUGGCAUGACGCGCCUCAGGCGGCUGCACCUCAGCGGAUGCGGCCGCCUGGCCGACGAGGGCAUCCGCCUGCUGCGGGGCUUCGGCUCCCUGGCGUCGAUCGACCUGCUGGACUGCGUGCGGAUCACCGACGCGGGCGUGGAGGCCCUGGGCGGGAUUCGAUCCCUCACCCACCUGGAUCUGUGCGGCUGCGCCGGCAUGACGGACCGCGGCCUUUCUCACCUGUCCUCGCUGGUGGGCCUCCUGCACCUCAACCUCGGCCACUGCGGCCAGAUCACGGACAGGGGCCUGGCCAGGCUCAAGGGCCUCACCAAUCUCCGGCUGCUGAAUCUCAGCCGGUGCCGGAACGUGACCGACGAGACGCUGGGCCAGCUGGGCGCGGGCUGGUCGCUGCCGGGGCUGACCAGCCUCAACGUGUCGUGGUGCACGCGGAUCACGAGCCUGAGGUGCCUGGACGCCCUGACCAAUCUCACGCGCGUCAACUGCUGCGGGUGCACGGGAUUGGUGCAGGAGGGCUUGGCGUGCAGGCGCGUGCUGGCGCUGCUGACCUGA